AUGGAUCUAACUAAGCUCAGAACGUAUAAGACCGGGUCUCUGGAUUUACGGGGUAGAGCACUUACUGUUACGGUUGGAUCAACCGACCCUGUGACGUUCUCCGUUCAUGAGCAUCUGAUUUGUCGCACUUCGGAUUAUUUUAAAGCAGCUAUGAAGGCUCACUGGGAGACAUCUACUAGCGGGUCUAUUGCUCUCAAAGAAGAAGACCCUGAAGCAUUUGAGAUAUACCUGCAUUGGUUGUACUUUGAGUCGCUCCCAGUCCAGAAUGACAGCCCUGGACUGGAAGGGAACACUGAAUACAUACAGCUCGCAAAAGCAUACACAUUGGGAGAGUUUCUCCAGGAUGUUGAUUUCAAGGACGCUGUCCUGGAUGUGAUCUUGAUCAAAACCCGUUCCAAGGCAUCGGACGGUCAGACUUGGUUUCCUAUUGGGCCGGUCAUCCGCUACAUAUAUGAAGGGACUCCGGAAUCAUCGGCCGCUCGCCGCCUUCUGGUCGAUUUGUACACUUACCAUGGACAUGGAGACUGGUUUAAAAAAUGGGCCGCUAAAGACGACCUGCCCAAACAAUUCCUUCUCGACCUUGCCAUUGGAGCCUUGACGGAAAGGCCUCGCCCGUCCGCAUCUCUAGCUAAAAAAAAAGGAGCUUGUGAAUACCAUGAGCAUCAGCCUGAUCCAAGCAACUGCUAUUUGAACUCUUCAGCAUCAAAGCGCGGCAAGGCACCGCAGAUCGCACCCGUCGAUCUCCAAAAGAUCAACUGGGCUUGA